CCGCCCGCGAAGCCUCGUUGGGCAACGACUGGUUAAAUAUUGACCUAUCCACGUCCCCACCCCUGUUGCACUUCUGCUCCUUCUGCUUCUUCCAGGCAUCUGCCCCUUCAUCGCUGCUUCGUUUCUUGUCCAACCCUCUCGUCCAGACAAAGAUCCAGACAACGACGCCUUGUCUCAUCAGCCUAUAUCCCUCCUCGGUCCCUGCCGACCUCAUAAGACGUGGAGGCAUUAGCACCAAGCAUCAAGCACGAAAGAAGCAGCCAAGUCGCUCGCCUCGACUCUAGUGCGAAGCAAGCGUCCUGAACCGCGCAGAGCGGGGAACACAUACACACACAAAGACAUACACACACACACACACACGGACGAACUCGCAGUCCAGAGAAGAAGAAAAGGCGCAGAAAGCAAGGCAGGUCAAGGAGUCUUGACCCGUGCACGCACGAGGCCACCUAGCCACCAGUCCACCAGCAAGCCCCCGGUUCGCGCACAGUCGCUCGGCCAGGGCUGCUACCUUGCAGAAGGUUGAGCACACCAGCUUCAUCUGCUUGUCUAGUGCUGCUUCGAUGAGCAACAUGAGCCAUCGGGCCCACGGCUCGGAGCAGUUGCAGCAGCUAGAGAGGCUCCAACAGGAGAGACAACAAAUCGACCUGAAAAUCGCACAGCUGAAGUCGACAACGACCUCGCUGGGUCCCAGCUUGGACGCCUUCCCGCCAACAACCCCGUUCAACUGCACCCCACCGUUCCGCAAUGUUCGCCGGCACUCGGCCACUCGGCCGGCGGCACCGCCAAUGUCGAUCUCGGCAAGUCACCACAUCCAGACUACCCACGAGGUCGCACAUCCCAUGAAGCGGGCCAGGACCAUGUCGCAGCAGCAACCUCGGGUUAGCUACUCGAUCCCAAUGGACCGGUCCGCUUCGGCAAGAUCACUUCAGCCAACGCCGUCGAUGCCAUUCACAGGCUCCGGCCCAAUAACACCCCCUCCGGCAACCUACCCCCAACAGACGGCUGGCUUCGCCACGGCAGACCCGGCAUCAAGAAACGGGCCGUCAGAGAGCUUCUACGGCCGCGCGAUGCAGCUCAUGGGAAAGAUGCCGCAGUCCAGCAGCCAGCCCACUGAGAUGCCAACGUUGACCGAGGGUCAUGUCCUUCUACCAGACGUCGGCAUGGAUGUCGCCAUGUAUCUGAAGUCGCAUCCGUUCGACGAAAGCAUCCUGCCGACCAUGCCCCAAUACCCUGGGCUUGAAGACUUCACCCAAACCGCCAUGUCCGCCUGCGGCUCGCUCACCGAGGCACCGACCCUGGAGGACCUCAGCAUGAGCCGUCAAGCCAGCAACAUGGUCAACGACGGGUCUUCGGUUGUCGGCCAGCUCCCCGUCGGCAUGGUGCGCAUCGCGUCGCAAAGUUCGUACCACGACUCUGGCGCCGCUACUGCGAUGCAAGACGCGCUCUCGACUUCACCUGGCAGCCAGCCUUUGCUGAGGAAGCGACCCUCGCCGGCUGACCAGCAGGACUUCUCCCAAAUGGGGGCCAGUCUCUCGGUGCCACCUCACAUGUACUCGAGGUCGGCGCCAUCUUUCCAGCCAGAUGACGCCAUGAUGAGCAUGGAACGGUCUGACUCGUGGCAGUCCACCGACUCCAUGAUGAGCAGCACCUCGCAGCCACCUGACUGUGCCCUCGACACAUAUCCGUCGAUGCUGGCUCAUCAGGUUUCGGUCGACAUGGAACGUACCCAGUCCAACACGAGCAUCAAGUCGACCCAGUCGCUGAAGUUGCGGGCAAAGGAGGCCAUCAAGCGCCAAAACCUCAACGCCUCCAAGGCCCAGAUGCUGCGGCCGAGGCCCCCCCCAGCGCCUCACAGCGUCCAGCAGAGGAGCUCUCAGAGCGGCGCCGUCGACAGCCUUUCUGGGCCCGAGGCCAGCGCACGGGCGACCCAAAAGGACGGCAAGGCGCCCAUUGCUGCAACAAAGAAGUACGAGCGCCCCAAGCACCCCAAGGUGUUCUGCGACAAAUGUCCACAGAAUACCGAGUUCCGCGGCGAGCAUGAGCUCCGGCGGCACAUUGACGCCAAGCACAAGCCCUUGACGACCAAGUGGGUGUGCCGAGACCCGAGAUUGAGCUCCGAAAGCUCGUCCUCGGCCGCGGCCUCGGGUCCCUGGCCGGUGCAGCCACUCAACAAGUGCAAGCAGUGCAACGCCAAGAAGCAGUACGGUGCAUAUUACAACGCCGCCGCCCACCUGCGCAGAACGCACUUCAAGGAGAAGCCCAGUCGGGCCAGGAAUUCCAACGGCACCGGCAAGGCCAAGAACUCCAGCUCGGCGGCCAUGAUCAAGGCCGAGGAGCAGGAGCGCCGGGCCGGCAAAGGUGGUGGAGACUGGCCCCCAAUGAACAUCCUCAAGGAGUGGAUGGAGGAGAUCAGUGUCCGCGUUGGCGACGGCGACGACGGGGACGAGCAGCAACUGGAGGAGGCUGCCGAUGAAGAUCAAGAUGACGACGGUGACAUGUCGCCCGAAGACGAACGGCCGGACAUGGACAUGUCGGUCGAAGAUGUCGAUCUUGAGGCAGGCGCCCCCAUGGCCAUGUCGGCUUCUCUGGAGCUCUACGGCAGCUUCGACGCCAACUACGGCCUUUAUUCGUUCCCUCCGACUACCAACGGUGGCACGCAGAAUCUCGGCCUGCAAACCCUGUCGAACGGGAACGGCAACCACACCGACUUCUCGGGCGGCAGUGGAAUGCCGCCUCUCUCGUCGGCAAACUUCAUAUACUGCCCUCCCCUCGACACGGCUGCUGCUGCGGCAGCGGGAAUGUCUGGUGGCUCGCACUGGCCUGCAGAAGUGUAUCACAGCCCGUCCACCACAGCCACCAUCACGCCCGCGAACAUGUAUAGCGCCGAUGACGGCUCUGCCGUCAUGGUUGGCAGUCACGCGAAUUACUCGCCCGAGGACCACCCCGAGUUUGAGUUUGACGCCGUUUUCCAGCCGACCGACGCCAUGUUCCAGCAGCCUGUGGCUGUGAGGCACUGAGCACCUGGGUUGUUCGACUAGGAUUCCACUGUUUCGACAUGCGACCUCCUGCCGGGUAUAUCCGCACCCAUGUGACAUAUACUCGGCUCUUUCCCGAACAUCUCCAUUACCUGUCUCCAUUUACCAGCGCGGCUUUGUCUUUAUCACAUGGGCGUUAUCUCUACUGGGAGGAGUAGACAGCCAAUUGCCUACUCUGUACAUGUCAGUCAAAUAACCCAGUUGCUCCCGGUUCUCAGCGCCUCGCACCUUGAAAAAGGCGUCGAGGCGCGCUGCACUGGGAGGACUAUAGACAAAACAAAAAUACGAGAAAAAAAAUCGAAACAUCUAUCUCAAAAAAAGGAGCGAAAAACUUCCAAGCGAAAGGAUCGAUCAGAUGUGUUCAACCUCCCCAAGCCUUCAUUGCCCCCGGUCAACUUUUUUCAUGUUGCCUAUUGUCUGUUUCUUGUUUCACUUGCCUUCGUCGGUGGGAUACGUUAUGGUCACUCUGGGUCGCCCAGCUGGAUCCUUCAGGCAGUCAAGCGCGGCUCCUCGCCAUAUUUACAGCAGAAUCCCUAGCCAAGGCGCCUGGAAGUUCUCAAACAGAUGGCGUGACCAGAGAGGCCGCGCUUGAUGAGGCCAGGAGAAGCAACAGCUAAGGGAUAGGAGCAACCUCCGUAAAACGAAGUCUCCAAACGCCCACACGCAACCCAGUGAUCUACAAAGCACCACUUUCAAGACUCUCUUUUUUCCCUUACCCCACCAUGCGAGGUCUGACCACCGAGGGCGAAAGCCCAAGGCCCGCUCGCGGCGGAUCCGACUUGCCGGCAAGCAGGCAGGUGGCUGCGGUCCAAGCAAAGGAACUGGACGCGUUCCGUCGGUAGUGGGCGGUCAGGACCGGGCCCCAGGGCGCACACGAGCGGCUGGCACAUCAGCCGCCGGCGGCGCUAGGGCUCCGUUGAUCUGGCAGAUCAGGGGGGG